AUGCAUUUUUCACAGAAGCAAUGGAUUGCAAUCUUCCAAUAUCCGGUCGUUGCUCUUCUGACGAGCCUUGCCACCGACUUUACUCAGGUUGCUGGCGUAUACUGUCUUGAUAGUGACAAGCCGUACUUUGCGCAUAUCUGGUUGACUGUUAUCACCGAGGUGUCGGUUGCAUUCGCUGUGAUAUCAGUUAUUACCUUUUAUCGAACACUAAAGUCUCAGCUCGCCAGCCAUCGCCCCCUUUCAAAGCUACUCGCCUUCAAGUUAAUCGUAGGUCUGACAUUCCUUGAAAGGAUCAUUUUCACUGUCCUGCGGUCAACUAAUGCUCUCAAAUCCACCGCCACAUUGAGUUAUGCCGAUGUUGAUAUUGGAAUUCCCAAUUUGGUCGUCUGCCUACAGAUGGUACCAUUUUCAAUAUUCUUCCAUUGCGCCUACAACGUGGGACCCUACAAGCUCCGAAAUCAGAAUGAAUCAUACCACCCUAGUGUCCAGGAAGCUGAACAGGAGUUUCACGGUAAAUCUGACCUGGUAGCAAUUCCUCUGCACUACAAGGGGGGACCUUUAGGCGUGCGAGCCUGGAUUGGACUGUUCAAUCCCAUGGAGAUAUGUCGUGCGAUUAAAUUCGGGUUCUAUAUGACACAAAAGGCUGGCAGUCGUGAUAAAAGGGGGGAAAACCAGAUCGAACUUGGAUAUCUAGGCCGCGAACCCAUGAUGCCAGAGUCAGAUUCUCAGGGCCGAGAACAAGUAUCAUACGAGAGGCUUUUGAAUCCGGGUGCAUGA